AGACAUUAUACAAUAAAAUAAAAAAACUGUUUUCAACUUAGAGAAGAAAUGUAGUGAGGAAGUAUAGUGAACUUGUCUGAAAACGUUCAAGCACAUACAUCACAAUAAGCAUGUCAUAUGUUUAUUUCUUUUUAUUUCUUCUAAAUUACAUUGAAUAUACCCUUCAGUUACCAGCAUCAACAAAAACAGAUACAUCAUCACAAUCUCUCACAGUAUGUAGAGGACAAAUGCGAUCAAUAGCUUGUCCGAAUCUUCAAUUACUUCAUAUAUACAAUGCUUUUUAUGGUAAACUCAGUGGUCAUGAUUGUGAGGACCCCGUGACGCAACUGCGUGAUCAAAUUCCAACCUGUUUCUCAAAGAAUGCUCCAGCUAUCAUACGUGAGACAUGCCAAGGCCAACAAUCUUGCGAUCUAUAUGCGGAGGACAGUUUAUAUCAUGACCCAUGUCCCACAGUUAAUAAAUACAUGUUUGUGUCGUUUACAUGCCAGGGAAGAUCAGGAUUGUCAGAGAGACUAAAGAUGUUUGAAGAAAAAGAGAAAUUACAGAAUUUGAUGUUUAUUAAGCAAGUAACAAAGGAGAUGCUACCACAGCUUAGACAUGAAACUGCCACAGCUCCGAAGAUUAUGAAAGCAAUUGUCUGUUCUGGUCAAAGUGGAAGUGUAUUCUGUCCGGAGUUGAAGCUUUUACGUAUUAAAACAGCAUUCUAUGGUAAAGAGAAGGGUCGAGAUUGUUUGGGUAAACAAACGAAUGAUACGGCACCGACAUGUUACGCCCGUGACACGAUCAUGACUGUUAAGAAUAUGUGUGAGGGACAGCAGUCAUGUGAUAUAUUUUCUGACCCUCUUUUAUAUGGACACACCCUGUGUGGGGAGAAUGUAUUGAAGUAUUUGAAGGUGGAAUACACGUGCGAGGGACAUUCUGAUUUAACUAAAAAACUUACAGACAGAAACAAAGCACAAUAUGCAUAUCAAAGUCCGCAACAAAAUAAUUUGUUCUUGAGAAGAUCCACAAUGUACUAUCCAAAACAACAGCAAUAUUUUAAACAAUGGCAAUCUACAUGGCCAAGGAAAAUCGUGCAAAACCCGUGGAAACGCACGCAAACUUGGCCUAACACACCCGUUCAGCAGUCACAAAUACAACAAGCCUUAAAUUCCUGGCCUAAUCAAAUGCUUUAUAGUCAGAGGUCAAAUGCACCUCAACCACAACAAGUGCAACGCCCUGCCAAUCCAUGGUCAAACCAACCGAGUUAUAAUUCUCAAUUAUAUACCCAAAGAUCAAACACUCUCUCUCCUUGGUCUAAUCGAAACCAGCAACCAUGGUCACCGAGACAAGAGGUGAGCAAGACUCCUACAGUAACGGGUGGGUUUCGACAUAGCACGUGUGACCAAUGUAACGGUGACUGUAACAAUUACUUAUGCUACGGGUGUGGAGGAUGUCAAGAGCCCCCUCCUGAGCAACAAACUUAUUAUUAUCCUUACCAAAGACAAGAUGCAGCCUACCAUGAUGCGUUCCGUGGAAAUGAAAUGGCACUCUCAGGAUUGGUAAUUUACCCGGUACCGAAAAUGCCAAAGUCAAUGAAAGGAGGUGGUGGACAGAAACCACAUAGAUCAACCGUCGCAAAAGAUGAUGAUGGUGAUGAUGAUGACGAUGAGGAUGACGAUGAUGACGAUGAUGAUGACGAGAAUGAGGAUAAAAAGAAAAGUAAAACAAAACAUUCAGUGAAAUCUAAGAAAAUAAAACGAGAUAUUUUGGAUGACUAUUUUUACGAUUAUAUUUAUUAAAUUUUUCUAAACUUAAGUUAAGGUAAGAUGUCCGACAUUCUGAGGAAUCCAACCUCGUCCCCAGGGCUUGUUAGGCUUUUUAUAUUUGGACGGGACAUGGGGACGAGGUUUUAAGGAAUCAAGUUUGUUUUAUAAAAUUUAUCCGACGCAAUUCUGUUCUAGGUAGUUAAGUUAUGAGCGAGUGCGAACAAAAGAUUUAUACGCCCAUAGUGGCGUCACCUUUGCAACAUUGCGUGCUGAAAGUUUCAUCAAGAGAUUAGGCAAUGUUUUGAUGUAAAAAUGACACUCUUUUUGCUUUAUUAAGUUCUGGACAAGUAAUAGUAUUAUUUUGGAGUCUUUUGAGUUUUUUAGACAAUUUCGUACUUUUAUAACAGAAACAUGGUUCGUGUAAAGACUUGAUUAAGGGGAGAAAUAUUUUUCUGGACAAUUUGACAUGCACACACGACGACAAAUUACGUGUACAUAAUUAAUAUGUAUAUAAAUAUAUUUUUCUUUUUUUGUAAA